AUGCCAGCCCUGGUUUGUGGAACAGUUGGCGCUUUGCUCAUGAUGGUCGUGUGGCAGUUUGGCAUUCUUCCGGGCUUCAUCAAGCAUAACCUGUCGUUUUCCUGUUGGUGUUCUGCAGUUGGACUGCCUGUUGGAGCGUUGACGAUCAUGUUCUGGAGACCCAAGGGUUUGAUGUUUGUUGACCGCAUGUGCAUCAAUCAGUUCGACGUGCGGAUGAAAGCAGAGGGAAUCUUGAACAUUGGAGCUGUGUUGAGUUCGUCCAAGUCCUUCUUGGUGAUGUUUGACGAGUCCUAUGCUGAGAGGCUUUGGUGUGUGUUCGAGCUCUCAGCAUUCUUGAAAGCCCAGCAAGGAAGAGUUGGAGACAAGCUGCCCAAUGUGCAAAUCAAACCGCUUCUCCUGGGCCUUGUUGCGGGGUCUGUGGUUGUAUGCGUUCUUGCCCUUGGUGUCUUUGCGGUGUUCAACCCAUUUGACAACGUUAUUGUGAUGUGGUCGAUGCUGCUUCUGUUCGUCCUUGCGGAGGGUAUUUUCGUUGUCCAUGCCUUCCGCAGAUAUUUUCGGUCCCUGGAGCACACUCUUCAGCAGUUGCGGGACUUCCAACUUCAAAACGCUUUCUGCUGGUGCUGCAGCGUCAAUCACAUCAACCCUGCCAACGGCCAGCCAGUCCCAGUGUGUGACCGAGAGAUUGUGCGUCAGUGCGUCACAAGCUGGUUUGGGGCUGAGGACAAAUUCAACGAGUCAGUCCGGUCUUUGCUGCCGCAAGCGCUUAUGCAGCAACUGGGGGCGGACGCUUUUCCAUACAAGUGGAUCCUUGGGUCCACUGCUCCAAUCUGGUGGCCUUUCAUUGAUUACUUGGCAACGUACCAGGCAUCUGAGGAGGUGUCUUGA